AUGGAUAGUAAGUGGGGGGGGACGUUCUGAGUCCAUCACAGUUACUUUGAAUGUGGAACAAGCGACUUAUACAAGAGAUGCUCUGUCCAAAGCUCUGUAUGCCCGAAUGUUUGAUUUCCUGGUGGAAUCAAUUAAUAGGGCAAUGCAAAAACCCCAUGAAGAAUACAGCAUCGGAGUAUUGGAUAUCUAUGGGUUUGAAAUUUUUCAGAAAAAUGGCUUUGAACAAUUUUGCAUCAAUUUUGUGAAUGAAAAGCUGCAGCAGAUCUUCAUUGAAUUGACAUUAAAAGCUGAGCAGGAAGAAUACAUUGCAGAAGGCAUUAAAUGGUCUCCAAUUGACUACUUCAAUAAUAAGGUGGGUGUGUGACCUCAUUGAGAACAAACUGAAUCCUCCAGGAAUCAUGAGUGUGCUAGAUGAUGUUUGUGCCACUAUGCACGCUACAAGUGGGGGCGCAGACCAGACCCUGUUACAAAAACUCCAAGCUGCUGUGGGGACACAUGAACACUUUAAUAAUUGGAAUUCUGGCUUUGUUAUUCAUCACUAUGCUGGAAAGGUAUCAUAUGAUAUUGAGGGUUUCUGUGAGCGAAAUCGAGAUGUUUUGUUCAUAGACCUCAUUGAAUUGAUGCAGAGCAGUGAGUUUAAUUUUAUACAGAUUCUUUUCCCGGAAAAACUGGAUACAGACAAGAAAAGUAGACCUACAACAGCAAGCUCAAAAAUUAAGAAACAAGCCAAUGAUCUUGUAAAUACCUUAAUGAAGUGCACACCUCAUUAUAUUCGUUGUAUUAAACCAAAUGAGACAAAGAGGUCUAAAGACUGGGAAGAAAGCAGAGUGAAACAUCAAGUUGAAUAUCUAGGCCUAAAGGAGAACAUUCGUGUACGCCGUGCUGGUUUUGCUUAUAGAAGGGUUUUUAAUAAAUUUCUUCAAAGAUACGCUAUCUUGACACAAGAAACAUGGCCCAGAUGGCGAGGGGGAUGAACGGCAAGGAGUGCAGCAUCUCUUGAGGUCUGUAAAUAUGGAUGCUGAUCAGUACCAAAUGGGAAGAACCAAGGUGUUUGUAAAGAAUCCAGAAUCGCUCUUCUUACUAGAGGAAAUGAGAGAGAGAAAAUUUGAUACUUUCGCCAGAACCAUCCAAAAAGCUUGGAGACGAUACAUUGCUAAGAGAAAGUACGAGCAAAUGAGGGAAGAAGCCUCCAACAUUUUGUAUGGCUUCAAAGAGCGCCGCAGAAAAAUAGCAUCAAUCGCAAUUUUGUGGGAGACUAUUUGGGUAUGGAGGAUAAACCAGAGCUUCGCCAGUUUAUGGGCAAGAGAGAAAGAAUAGAUUUUGCAGACUCCAUCAACAAAUAUGACCGACGGUUUAAGGCCAUAAAGAGAGACCUUAUCCUCACUCCCAAAUACGUUUACUUGAUAGGACGUGAAAAGGUCAAAAAGGGACCAGAGAAAGGACAGAUCAAAGAGGUUUUGAAGAAAAAACUUGAGAUACAAUCUGUUAAACGCAUUUCUCUAAGCACCCACCAAGAUGAUUUCUUUAUCUUGCAUGAAGCUGAAUUUGAUACCCUCAUGGAGUCUAUGUUCAAAACUGAAUUAAUUAGUUUGAUGUGCAAGCGGUAUGAGGAGCUAACCAGGAGCAAACUAACCCUGAAUUUUGCUGACACACUACAGCUUAGAGUAAAAAAAGAAGGCUGGGGAGGAGGUGGCACAAGAAGCGUAUCAUUCCUAAGAGGUCCAGGAGACAUUGCUCAGCUGAAACCAGGAGGGAAGACCCUAGCAAUAAGUAUUGGGGAUGGACUCCCCAAAAACUCCAAGCCUACAAGAAAAGAAAAAAUGCAAACUCGCUCACACAGGCCACCACCUAAUCGCCCAGCUCCAGCUAUCCCUGGUUCUGCUAAAAAUGGGGCUCCUCGGUUUAAUUCUGGACAUUCUAGAAACCCUACUUACACUCAGGCCAAGCGGCAGAGCAGAGCUCCACCAUCUACUGCCCUCCCUCGACAAUCAGCACCUAGAAAAAGCCGUGCACCCUCUGACCACAACAUGGAGUUCCUUAAUGUACCAGACCAGGGUGUUGCUGGGGUACAAAGGAGAAAGAGUCUCAGUCAGAGAGCACCACCUGCAGUAGGCCAUCCAAAACCUCAGGUCAAGCCUGUUAAUCCUUGCUGCAGAGCUAUUUACCAGUACAUUGGACAAGAUGUUGAUGAGCUAAGCUUUAAUGUUAAUGAUGUUAUUGAAAUUUUGAUGGAAGAUGUUUCUGGUUGGUGGAAAGGAAGACUUCAUAGAAGAGAAGGACUUUUCCCAGGAAAUUACGUUCAGAAAAUAUGA